AUGCCCAGCUCCGACACCAGCCGGCCUUGCAAGCGGUGCAAGGCCGAGAAUGCUCCGUUUAGUCUGCGAAAGGAUCCUGCAUGCCGCGAUUGCUUUGUUCAGUAUGUCGUCAACAAGAUGAUCAAGCGUCUCGGCGCCAUGCAUAAAGACAUCCGUGUCUCAAGGUUACCGGUUCAUCGCCGAUACUUGGCCGGUCUUUCAUUUGGUCCCUCAUCAAGUGUUCUUGCCCAGAUCCUUGAUGAAACGGCCCAUCGCCACUCAAUAAAUAAGGCAUCAUCACCAUUUGAACCCAUUAUUGUUCACGUCGACACGGACCUGUCACCACAGGGGGGAGAGUCCCCUGCUAGGAAGCUCCUUGAUGAGUAUCGUCAGCGCUUCCCGCACGCCACCUUCGAGUGUGUACCUCUCACAGAUGUCCUUUCUGUCAAGAGCAUAGAUUGGUCAACCUUACCCCUGGACGCUGGUAUGCCAGAUGAAGACCCAGCCGCCCGUCUCCGGAGGCUCUUCGAAGCUCUUCCCACCGUCACAUCGCGCGCCGACAUCCUCCGUCAGCUCGUCCGUCAUCUCCUCCUUCACACGGCCAUAGGGCGCUCUUGCUCAGCACUUCUGCUCGGCCACAGCACCACAGCCCUCGCCGCCUUGACACUUUCGGAGGUUGCUAAUGGGCGAGGCUUUGCAGUUCCACUGCAGGUCGCCGAUGGCAUGACCACGGUGUGCAAGUAUGAGGCGACACCGAACGGCGCUGUACAGGAGACCAGCCGGCUUGAGUUUCCCGUGUACUAUCCCUUGCGCGAGAUCUUUCGCAAUGAGAUGCUACAGUACAUCGACCUUGUGCCCUCGCUCAAAGAAGUUGUACCCUUAAAUGAGGCGGACGCCACAGCCAAUGUAGUCUCGCACAAGGAUAUGAGCAUCGAGGAGGUGAUGGCGCGAUACUUUCAGAGUGUCGAGGAAGGAUACUCGGGUAUCGUCGCCAACGUGGUCCGUACGACAGGGAAGCUGGAACGCUCGCAGGGGAAUAGUUUCUGUGGAAGUUGCGGCAUGUCACUCGAUGCUGAAGGUGACUCGCGAUGGGCGGGCGAGAUAGGGGAUGAUUCCGGCCACGGGUCCGGUUCUGGAGGCGUGAGCCGGCUGUGCUAUGGGUGUAAGCGAUCUAUUCACGGAUAG